UUCACAAUAUUCUCUGUAACAAGAAUAGACGUCAGAUUGAUCUUUGCAAUUGCCUCGUUCUAUCUUUCUGGAUACUGUCUUUCAUAUCACUUUCUCUCUGUCUCAAAUUCGGCGAUCAACCAUUAUGGCGAAGAGCGGUCGGGCCAGUGUUAUCAAACGCAAUAGAGCCAAACUCCGAGCCACAGUCUUCGGUCCAGCUGUCGAUGCAAGGACUGAGAGAUUAUCUGCAAAGCUACAAGAGCUCGCUUCCCAGCCUAAACCGAAUGAGGCGAAAACAAAUAUGGAACUCGAUAGCACAGGACCAAAUGACAAAAAAGAUGGCAACAUCUCGAAUUCCAAUGAAGAUAUGGACAUCGAUCAGAUAACUGCUAAGGGUGGUCAGGUUCGCACCAGCAAAUCAGGACGAAUUCAAAAGCGUCAGAAGAAAAGUCGCUCGUCUAUCGUCUUUCGCCCUCACCAAUCAAAAGCUAAAGGGGGUUCAAAGAGGCGAUGAAAAGUGUCAGAUGUUCUGCUCUAUACGUGGGGGCAAAGUCUAACUUCUGUCAUAUAUGGAGUUUGGCGUUAUAUUGUAAGAGUUGACAUACUGGUCUAGAUACUACACCCUGAUUCCUUGCUUCUCACCAUUCCAAAAAAGGAAGUGUGGUACAAAAGGAAUAUAUUGGUGCAUACAUAUAUCUUUGGUUUGCCGAG